AUGAUUUAUUCCAACAACAUCUAUUCCAUGAGUGCCUUGAAGCAUAUUAGGCAUAAUAUGUCUACCAAUGUAUCCAUAUCAGAACUUCAGAAAGAACGGGAAACUUUUCAAGAUGUUCUACCAAGAGUGAUUGAUUCCCUUAUAACAACUCCUAAGUUGUUAGAUGUGCCAGAGUUUUCAAUGUGGAUGAAAAAAAUAUUGGAUUAUAAUUUAGCAGGUGGGAAAAAAAAUAGGGGACUAACUACAGUGUUGGCUUAUGAAACAUUUGAGAAACCCGAAAAUAUUACAGAAGAAUCAUUACGUCAAAGCCGUACAAUGGGAUGGUGUGUGGAAAUGUUGCAGGCCUACCUCUUGAUGACCGACGACAUAAUGGACGGUUCGACAACUCGCCGGGGAGUACCCUGCUGGUAUCGUCUGCCGGAAGUUGGUCUCGGCGCGAUCAACGACACAAUCCUGAUGUACACGUCAAUAAUGGAAAUACUUAAGACGCACUUUGGCCACACGAAACAGUACACGCACAUCGUGAACUUGUUCAACGAAACGCUGAUGUUCACAUCGGUCGGACAACAUUUGGACUAUACAAUGGCACAGCGAAAGAAGAACGAUUACAGUCUGUUUACAAUAGAACGUUACAACGCUAUCGUUAAAUACAAGACCUCGUAUUAUACAUUCAAAUUACCUGUUUGUCUGGGCAUGCUUUUGGCUAACAAUACCGAUCCGGAGAGUCACAAAAGAGCGGAGGGGAUCUGCUUGGAAAUCGGGCAUCUCUUUCAAAUGCAGGACGACUUCAUAGACUGCUUCGGCGCCGAGUCGGUCACCGGGAAGGCCGGCACCGACAUCCAGGAGGGCAAGUGCUCCUGGCUCGCGGUGUCGGCGCUGCAGCGGUGCAGCGAAGCGCAGCGCGGCGUGUUCGCGUCUUGCUACGGCAGCAAGCAGCCCGCGCACGUAGAGCGUGUGCAGAGGCUCUACGAGCAGCUGGGCCUGCCGCAGCUGUACCGUAGCGAGGAGCGCGCCCGCUACGACGCCGUCGUAGCCAGCGUGCGUAGCCUCCAAUCGACGACUGACCUGCCGCCCGAGCUCUUCCUCAGGAUGCUCGAUAUGAUCUACAAGAGGAAGCAA